UGCGCGGAGCAACGGGACAGCUAUCACUGCAGCACCCGGUUUUGGGGUCAAAAGCUAGACUCUCUCCUUCGUUUUCGACGUUUUGUAUUUUAAAUAUUAAUGGCAACAUUGUCGUGUUUGUACUGAGGCUCGUGCACUUUGUUUGUUUUGUAAACGGAACUUUGCUGCUCUGAGUUUGAGUUUCCGGCGGAAGUUUUUAUAGCGGCGCACAAACAGAACUCGCAUGUAUGCACACUGAACGUUUGAUUCAAUUUUAUUUCAUUCAUUAUUCACCGUAUUUAUCUGUUUUAUCAUGUCAGCAUCAGUGAUCCGAAGAGGACUUGAGUUAUUCAGUGAGAAAGAUGGAGAGAAGCAUAAAAAGAAGAAGAUGAGCUCUAAUAAACAGAGAGUUCACAAACAGAUUCGUCCAUCUGUGAGGAAUAAAACUACAGUUAAAGACAAACACAUUAAAUCUGCUGUUGAUGAAUACAGAAAGAAACAAAAGAAGAGUCAGUUGACAUCAAACCUUGAAUAUUUUUUGAGCACUGAUUACAAAACACAAUCCAAGCACACGGGAAAGAUCAUAAAGCAGAACUCUGGACGUCGGGCCUGUCAUCAGCCAGAUCUUCCCGUCUCCAAACCCGAGGAGAAAUCCGUCUUUACUGAAGAAGAGUUCAGAAAUUUCAGGAGGAAUAUUUUUCAAAUCUUUAAUAUUCACCUUGACAUGAUCUCAAAAUCUCUCUUUCACUCAGUUGGACUGUGUAGAUAUUUUCUUUUUCUCGGGGUUGAGGUGAUUUUUAUAAAAUAUGUCUGUUUAUUAAAGAGGAACGUUAAGAUGGAGAUUGAAACUGGUAAAGUCUCUUAAGGCUGUAGUUGUCUCUAAUGUUAGUUAAGAAUAUUUUCCUCUGAAAGCAGAUAUCAACCAGCAGAAAACCAAAGCAGAAAGUUAUCUGGUUGAAACAAUAUUCUGUAGAUGUUUUGCGUUAACUUGUGACUGAUACAUACAAAUAAACCUUUGUAGAGAUA